UUGAGGACAGGCAUGUCGACGAAUUUUGUACCUGCAGGGUAUGACGAUGAAGAUGACGAUUUUGACGAAGAUGGAUUCGAGCUAGAAUGUGAUGAUGGCUUGAAAACUUCUGACAGUGGUAUAGGGGAUACAGGGAAGCAUCCUCAGUUCGAAAAGAUUCCAAACUCAGUCGAACAAGGGACUGCAAGAUUUGGCUUUGGACCUCCACCAAGUCAACAGAAUGGCUUUUCCUUCGGACGUCCAGACCAAGAGUCCAAGACGAGAAGACCAAGGGUUGUUAAUGACCAAGGCUUCUGCACCUCACUGGAUGACUACAGGAGUUCUGUGAUGAGAGGGAAUAUAUGUGCCAUUGUAAAAUACUUAGAUGAAGGAGUAGAUGUGGAUACUGUGCUGAAGUCUGGCUGGACUGCUUUAAUGUAUGCUUCCAACAAUGGACAUCACAAACUGGUUAAACUAUUACUGGAAAGAGGGGCUGACCCCAAUUAUCAAAGAGACCUGUAUACUGCCCUCAUGUCAGCUUGUUCCUCCAACAGCCAGGAAGAUGACAUUCUGGCCUGUGUCACAUUACUUCUUGAAGCUGGGGCCAAUGUCAAUUGCCAUGACAGAAAUUUCACCACACCUCUUAUCUAUGCUGCCAGAGCUGGCCGCUGCAAGGUUGUCAGCAAACUUAUUGAGUAUUCAGCAGAUUUAAAUAAACAGGACACCAGGGGAUGGACUGCUCUAGUAUGGGCAGCAAGCAAAGGACUGACUGCCAUGAUGACUUUAUUGCUAGAGGCAGGAGCUGACCCUAACAAAAAAUGUUCAGAUGGUCAAAAAGCUGUGGACAUAGCCUAUAGUCAGGGACAUGAACAGAUAGUCACAAUAUUGGAAAGAGUGACAGAUGAUAAAAGUUCUCUCAGCAAAUUCAUUCCUCCUCCCCAAUCCAGUGGCUCUCCUGUGAUGAGUAAACCACCAAAGGGCAGCACAAAAGACAAUCAGAAUUUUUACCAGUAUGGUGAGCUAGAGCUAUUUCUGUGUGGGCUGGAGCUGGGAAAUCUUAUCGAACUAUUCCAGGAGCAACAGGUCACUUUCACUGACCUACUUAAGAUGACUGACAGGAAAUUAGAACAGAUUGGAAUCAAACAGAUGGGAAUCAGGAAGAAGAUCUUAGAUGGAGUCCAUGAGGUGCAUAAGAAAGACUGGGAGCAGGGCAGUCUACCAACAGUACAGUACAGUAGGCAGCUAAGUUGUACAGAGGCAGUGGCUGUACUGGCAAACCUCAGCAAGCAUGCAGACUACAUAGGAUGUACAGUGGCUUACAUAAAGGAGCAAAUCAAAGAAGAUCCCAAAUUAUUACAAGCAGGGCAGCAAGGCUAUGGCCACCAGGAUAUGUGCAAACAUACAGAUAAAGCCAUUAGAAAUACACAACAACUGUACACAGAACUUAAUUUACUCAGGGAAAGUUUAGCAAAGGUAACUGAGAAAGAAUACCAGGCUCCUGAUCUUAUUACAACUCCAAACAGGAAAAGGAAAACAAAACGGCUCAGAAGACUGGCAGUUGGGACAUUAAUAGUGGGCUCUCUUCUUGGUAUAUGCUUCUGGAAACGAGACUCUGUUUUAGACUGGAUCAGCAAUGCACGGGAUCAGCUGUGGACACAAUAAUAUAGUAUCACCAAGUUUAUUGUGUGACUUAGGAACACAAUACUUUUCACAUUACCUUGAUAUUAAUACAUGACUACAGGGCACUCCAAGAGUGUAGACCUUUGCCAAGAAAAAAAGGGAAUAAAAUGCUUUAAAUAUACUAGUAGACACAGAUUUAGUUGAAAUUGAUCACUUUUUUCUCUCCUGAAUAACUUUUACAUCCUGGAAAUUUCAUAGUUGGAAGGAUUUCAGAUUGGAUUAUACUGGUGGUGCUUGUACUGUAAAACAUUUUAAUAUGGAUUAUUUCAAUUCUUUCAGAAAAAAAAUGUGAUGUUUAUGGUUUGCUUAUUUAAUUAUAUUUUGCAAAGGGAUGCUGCACUGUUAUUACUGUGAUUAGUUGAAGAAGGAUUUAUGAUGCUUGUAUUGUUGAUGGAUUUCAUAUGAAUGCACAAAAAGAUGUUUAUGUCAUGGGUUUAAAUGUAAUGCAUUUAAUUUAAGUAAAAUUGAGGGAGAGAAAGGUAAGGAGGGAAAUUCACACGCAUGCAUGCGCAUAAAGAAAGUUCAAAAUAUUCUGCAGUCUGACAGGUUGGCAUCGAGGCAAGGUAGGUCCUUAUGAUCUCAUAGUCUUAAAAUACGUUAUUAUCCAUUUUAAUAUAAGUAUAAUGUUUUCUUUACAAUAUUCUGAACUCGAUAAAAAGAACAUGCAAAGCUCUACAUACCCUGUGACGAAUAUAAACAAACAAAAAUUUUAAAACUUUGAGACCAUGCCAAGCACUUAGUAUAAUGAUAACAUAAUAUCUACAGUGUGAACCUAAAGAAGACCCAUUUAAUGUUGAGAAUGUAUUUGUCAGUUGUCAUAAUCAUCUAUACCGUAUUACGAAAUCAAUGGGAAUAAGUACGUAAAGCUUCAAUUAUAUAUAGUUGUCAAUUCCCAGCAUGACAAAUGAAUAAAGUGUUUUUAAAGUUGG